AUGGAAGAAAGAUUGGUUUGGCUUGAUAAAAUCAUAGACCAUUUCCAAAAGCAAUCACUCGAUACACCUGUCAUAGAAAAGGAACAUAUUGAAGCAGCUAUCCUUGAGAGCUCUAAAAAUGAGGUUGAUGAAGAAGAUGAUAUAAUAAGAGUUAUUUCUGCAUUUGAGGUGCCUCAAUUUGAGUACAGUUUGGAAAGGAAGAAAUUCCUUCCUUGUAAAUAUAAAACCCCAGAAUUGUAUGGUAAAUCAUCUUCCAAAGGACUUUUGACUCAGCUUAAAGAAGGUAGGUAUUAUCUUGAAGACCCUAGUGGAUUUAUACAAGUUGACUUAUCUAAUACAAAUUAUCAGGAUGGACUUUAUACGGAAUGUUGUUUUGUUCUUGCUGAAGGUUGGUAUCAAGAUAGAGUAUUGCAUGUUCAAAAUAUGGGUUUGCCACCGAGAGAAAUAUCUGACAUUAGCCGUGUUUAUUUCGGAUCUGAGAAUACUUUUGGAGGUCCUUCAAAAAUCUCACUUAGAAGCAAUGAGCGGUUAAAGGCUUUGGAGUUACAUAAAGAAGAUGCCAUGCUUGUUUUCUUGUCAGAUGUAUGGCUGGAUGUUCCUAAAGUACAAGACAAACUUUCUCAAUUAUUUUUAGGCUAUUCUACUUGCCCGCCUGCUGCAUUUGUUUUAAUGGGAAAUUUCCAGUCAGCUCAUAAAGGCUUUCAACAUUGGACCUGUUUAAAGGAUGGAUUUAAAACAUUAGGAGAACUGGUUGCCCAAUGGCCUUCCAUUGCACAGAAUUCUAAGUUUAUUAUAAUCCCUGGCCCCACAGAUUCUCAAGCAGCAAAUAUUUUGCCACGGCCUGAAUUGCCAGAAACUAUUGUGUCCGGCCUUAAGAGCAGUGUGAAAGAUGUGAUUUUAGCUACUAAUCCAUGCCGUAUUCAGUACUGUACUCAAGAAAUUGUUUUAGUGCGGGAAGAUCUUGUAACUAAGUUAUGCAGGAAUAGUGUACAUUUUCCAGAUAUGAAAGAAAUUGGGACUCAUUUUGCCAAAACGUUAAUUUGUCAAGCUCAUUUAGUACCUCUUUGUUUAAAUGUAUGUCCAGUUUACUGGGAGUUUGAUUCUGCUCUAAGAUUAUACCCAUGUCCAGAUCUGAUUGUUGUUGGUGACCAACAAAAAGAAUUUUCAGUGAAGUAUAAUCAAUGCCAUAUUAUCAAUCCUGGACCUUUCUGUAAAGCUGAGAAGAAACGAUUUUCCACACCUCUAAUCUUGUGGAUUCACUAUAAAGUAAUCCGACGCAUUCCACAAUUACAGCAAAAUUUCGCCCCAGCAAUCGGGUACUUGGCACCGCAUUCAUGGCAAAACUUGGACAUUUCCACCUUCCCGGUGUCUCCUUCAGCUCCACUCGACCUUGUCAAACUGUCAUCAUAUCAUAUCUCCUUUAUUUAA